AUCCUCGCUCUGCUCCCUACAUGCCCCACCAUUAAAUCUACACAGUGAAGGCCAGGCCUAGUGCAAAGUUAUUUAUUUGCACUAGCCCUGUAGGGCUGCAGGUGGAGCACAAGUUGGGGGAGGUGACCUCUACUCAAAGUAAACCCCAUGCACUGUGGCAACAGCAAAGAGUGAGGCAUUGCAGAAAGAGGCAGAGGCGAAGCUAUCGCUUUCAGGGUCCCAGAGUGCCCGGCUGGCAACCAGCAUGCUCUGCUGGCCCUGCUGGCCCAGCAGCACAUGGCACACCAGCUUGUAGCGGGGUGGCACCACCUCCUUUGCCCGGCUCCGCAGCAGCUCAGCCAGGCUCUGCACCAGCACCGUGCUGCCCUGGGGGCUGUAGGCUGUGCCUCCCAACACCCCUGCCAGGGCUCCCUCCAGCACCCGCUGCACCCGCCCUGCGUUGAACCUGCAGCCUUCCUCCGGCCUCAUCCUGUAGGUGUUUUCCAGCUCGCUGCCAGCUGCAGCCUGGACUGCAGCCAGACUGGGGACACAUUGCCCCGCAGCAUUGCCUUCUCUUCUUGGACACCCCAAAAACCACCUUGUGAUGGAGAAAAGCUGCGUGAACCCCGCUGUCAGCUGCAUGAAGAUCUAUUUGGGGAAAGUGGAGACGGCCUUUGUGUAUCUAUCUGUUGGCGGAGGUAUUUAUAGCUUGCUGCUGGCUCGCGCUGCCAAGCACGCCGGCAGCUGGACUCAGCUCCUUUCCUUCUGCCUGCAUUCACCGCUUUCCUACGCAGACCCACGGGCUGCAGAGCACGCUCAAGGUGAUGUGACGUUCGUGGUGGGCCGGGAGCAGCAGCAGGUGUUUGCACAUCGCUGUGUGCUGGCGUGCCGCUGCCAGGCGUUCCGGGGGAUGCUGACGAGCAAUGAGGACCCCCUCAGCAGUGUCCCACCCCAGGGACCCUUCAUCCUGGGCAAUGUACAGCCAGAAGUCUUCCUAGCUGUCAUUGAGUUCCUCUACACUAACAGCGUCACCCUCAACAGCCACACUGUGCUGGAGGUGCUGACCUCAUCGGUGGAGUACGGCCUGCAGGACCUGUGCAAGCUCUGUGUGGAGUUCAUUAAGGACACGCUGAGUGUGGAGCAGGUCUGCGAGGCCCUGCAGGCUGCAGUGACCUACGGGCAGGCAGAUCUCCAGCAGCACUGCCUGGCGUUCAUUGAGAGCUACACCAUGGCAGUGGUGCGGACACGGGGCUUCCACGAGCUGUCUGACACGGUGCUGGCACGGGUGCUGCGCAGCGACCACCUGGCUGCAGAUGAGCUGGACCUGGUGCAAGCCGUGCGGGAGUGGGCGCACGUCAGCUCGGCUGUCCUGGAGCGCCCGGUACCCGAGGUGGCCACUCUGCCCGUGCAGGAGCUGCGCCUGCCCUUGCUGGCACCCAGCGAGCUGGCAACGCUGGAGAGCCAAAACCAGCGCGACCUGCUCAUCCCAGUGGAUAGCAUUGCGGCAGCCUGGCGGUCCCACGCGCUGCGGCAUGGAAGCGGGGUGCCCUCCCACCUCUGUCGGCCCCGGCACGGCACACGGCCCCGCAACCACCACCGCCACUUGGACCCACACAGCAAAUUCGGAGCAGGAUAGGAGGAUCGUCCUGGUGCGGGGCUCGGGCAGCCCAAGGAUGGGGUGGGGGCACAGGAUGAGCCCCCAUUGAACCUUAUCCCAGCCGCAUCCUAUCCUUCCCUGGGGCAGUGCUGCCCUCCGCUGGCAGCAGGGCUGUGCUACAGGAGCGCACCAGGGCCCCCGCAUGGCGGAGAUGGAGAAGGGGCUCAGCAGGGCAUGAGGCAGCGCCCGGCCCCACGUCCAGCACUGCCUGGGCUGCGAAAUCCCCACCACCACCACCGCCCCGCUUUGCACAGCCCAUUGCGCACACAGCUGUGUACAUCUCAUCCCACCCCCCCGAGCUGUGCCCCCCAGGAGGCAGGGUCAGACGCAGCGCAUAAUUUAUAUAUAAUAUAUAUAUUUACUCUUUAAAAAUAAACCUUCAGUCCCCACUACCGCCUGUACAAACUACAAAAAUAAACCUUUGCUCUCUUUGAUAUAAAUAACUUAGAUGGCGUGGUUGGGGGGGGGGGGGCUGCCCACCGUGCCCACGCCUGGCACGGGGACGAGGACCCCAGGGCCACCCCAGCACAGCGGCAGUGUCAGGGGGCCAGGGCAGUGGGCACAGCAACACCGCUGGAGUUAAAGUGCUGGGUAACGGCGCGGACGGUGCCCGGGAUGGGGAUGGGGGUUGGCGGGGGGAGACGGCCCCAUUGCAUGGGCACGGGGCAAGAAAGUUGCUUUCCCAGCUGGAUGAGGCCGGUGGCAGUGUGGGUGCCCUACACCGGGCAGAGCUGUGAUGGUGGGACAUCGCAGGGGCUUGGCACAGCGAGGAGCACCCCAAGGACCCCUCCCCCCCCCCCCCCCCCCCCC